AUGCUCAGUGUGGAAAUGUACCCCAGUUUGAGUCUGGGACCACAAAGGAUGGGAGACUGCUUCUACAGAGGUAAGAGACAGAGUGUGUGAGAGAGAAGCAGACAACACUUUUAGACUUUCAUAAAUGUUCAUCUGGAUUUCAGUGGUGAACUUCUUGCCUUCCUUUUAAUGCUCCUUUUUUGCUACUGCAGACCGGCAGCCCCCAGCCCACAUGCCGCUGUUCCCCUCACCGUGUGACGUAACCAGCAAACCCCUGCCCCCUCGGCUGCUGGCCCCUCCUGCAGGACCCAGUGAGCAGGCCGCCAACACCCCAAAAGAUGAGGUGAAGAUGGAGCUGGAGAACGUGUCUUUGUGGAAGCAGUUCAGCUCAGUAGGAACAGAGAUGAUCAUCACAAAAAAGGGCAGGUAAGAGAAUAUGGUUGGUGAUCUUUGACCCUACUCUGUCUUUAACCAUGUGGUUCUUCUUGUUAAAGGUAAUUUGUGUUAUUUGUGCUUUAUAAGGGUUAAAAGUGUUGAAAAGUGCAAAUUCAUUCAGGAUCAAGCUGUAAAAAUGUGAACUAAAUAUAACUCUAUCUCUCCCUCAGACGAAUGUUUCCUGGUUUGAGGUUAAAAGUCUCAGGCCUCAACCCGUCUCUCCGUUACAUCCUCCUCCUGGACAUCAUCCCAGCAGACAAUUCCCGCUAUCGCUUCCAAGGAGGUGGCUGGCAGGCUGUGGGUGGAGCCGAGGCGAGGCUUCCAGACCGGGUAUUCAUCCACCCUGACUCGCCUGCCACAGGUGCUCACUGGCAGGGCCGCACCAUCUCCUUUCACUACGCCAAGCUGACCAACAACACUCUGGAUACACAGGGACAUGUAAGCACUACAGAUUGACUGACUAACAGCCUCUAACAUGACAACAAAACGCAGACUGUUUUUCUUGUUAUUUUGGUGCAUUCUGAUUCAGAGUCUUUUGUUUCAUUUCCAGAUUAUCUUGCACUCUCUGCAUCGCUACCAGCCGAGGGUUCAUGUCAUUGAAGCCAGAGAUGUGCUGCGAUGGGGCGGAGGGCAACACUCCUUCGUUUUCCCUGAGACCCAGUUCAUCACAGUCACAGCCUACCAGAACAACAAGGUACUUAGACAAAACAAGCCAAUUGUGCAAUCCAAAAAUCACAAUUGGUAUAACUAAAGAAUCAAAUUACAAUCUGUUUUUUGUUUUUUUGAAGAUCACAGAGCUGAAAAUCAACUCAAACCCAUUCGCUAAAGGCUUCCGAGAAGAUGGCAUGAACAGCAAGAAGUAAGGCACAACAAAUACCACCACAUGCGUACAAGUAUUCAGCUCAAAAAAUUUUCUAAAAGGUCAAAAAUAAACUUUUUUUUCUCUCUGCAGACAAAGAGAUGCAAGACAGAAGCGCAAAAUAUCAGAAACUUUGGAUAUCGGUGAGUUAAAUACCAAAAUGUUUUCUGCUUUUAUUUUGAAAUAACAAUUUCUUCUUUUCCUUAUACGUCCUUGACUUAAAUCUCUUUUUUCCCCUCUUUGUCUCUCAGUGAACUGCGAUCCAUGUGACUCCACUGAGCUUCUGCCACAGCCCAUGACUUCCACAACCACCACCUCUGGAGCAGACCUGCAGGCCUUGGCUCUGGCCUCUCUGCCUCCCCUACCUGACCCUACCUGUGGGUUUAGACCAGAAGAGGCGACAUACCAGGAUGAGCUGGUUCCUCAGCAGCCGCUAGACCUCGGUCAGACGUUUAUGGCAUCCCAGAUGUCAGAUAUCGGCCUCUCUAUGUCGAAUGAGCUGCAGGACACGGCGGGGAGGGAGAUUGCGAAUACUAUGAUUGAAAGGUGGGUGUGCAUUAUAGGAAAAUAUUCAAUACUGGGUGCAUGUUCAUGACUGUAUGUGCUGUUACUAAUGCAGAUAUAUAUGUCUGAGGUUAGCAGUGAUCAACAACACUUUUCUUUCCUUCCUUCACAGAUCAGACACUUUGGGUGAACCAGCAUACACUUCCACCUUCCCUGCCGCUGAUGAUAACUCCCCAUCCUUCUCCUCUGCUCCUCUUCCCCCCUCAUCUUCUCCCUUCUCCUCCCUCCCAUUGACCAACUCUUUAGAUACAUCAGAUCCUCAUCCUCCCAUUGCCCCGAUCAACUAUCCCACCAUCCUCUCCUCCUCCCCCUCUCCCACUCUCUCCCCUCCCUCGUCCACUACUACUCCAUCACUGCAGCAGACCUCUUUCACCUUCCCUACCCCUCCUCCUUCAAACUCCUCCUCUCCACAGCAACUCCUGUCCUCCUCUUCUCCUCCCUCUGUCAACACCUAUCACAACAUCCCAGAGACCAUCAGCCCGCACACACCCACAGACGCCACUUUUUCUGCUCCGUCAGGUCUGCAGGAGCAAAUACCAACUCAUCCACAUGAUUUACCCAGUGAUCAAAGUUCAGCUGGAUUUAUCUAUCCAAAUAUCCUCUCUGCCAAUCCUGAUCCCGCUCCAGUAACUGCUCCGCCUCUCCUCAACCAAAACCACCCACCUCCUCCCACUCUGUCAUGCUCCUUACCCUCUCAUGGUGCUCCCACAUCUUUCGCCCUCCCCUCUGUCCCUUCACACAUGCAAAAUAUUUCCUUUCCCAAUGUGCCUCCCAGCUCUGCCCAUCCUGCCCUGCACCUCUCAAACCAACCCCCCUCCCUCGCUCCCACCUUCCCUCCUUCCUCGUUCCCUCACCCAACACCUUCCCUUCCUCACCCUCCUUUUCAACCCUCUUCCUGCUUGGCCGUCUCUUCCUCUUUCCAGCAGUCUGCCACCUCUGCUCCCUCAGUCCAUCCUCCAAAUCUCCACAAUCCUCCUCCCUCCUCCACCUCCUCCUAUCCCUCUCUUGAAAUUGGUGCCAUCCCUCAAUUUAAUGCUGCUGCCCCCUACCGCCCUGAUAUGGUACUUCACCACCCAUCGCUUCUCCCUCAGCUGGACCCGUCGCACACCUCCAGCCUUCCCUCCUCCACCCCUCCCCAAGCCCUCUACCCUGCCUUUCCAUCAUAUCCUCUUCGCCUUUGUCAGGACCCUCACUCCUCCCUCUCCAUCCCAUUCAGGCAUCUGUACAGACAACACCAGCAUGGCCACACCCUCCCCCAGGGGUCCUACCUGGAUAUGGGUACAAGACCGGUGUUUUAAAACCUUAAAAGAGGACAAAAUGUUUUAGUUUAAUGGCGCUUUUAGGAUUUCUUUCUUUAUUAAUGUGUAGAUUUAGUUCAAGUAGCUCAAUACUGCCAAUGUGUGUGCGUGUGUGUCUUCCCAACAUUUCAGCUAAUAGACUGAAAAAUGAAAUUCAGUAAAAAUUUGUAUAUAGUUGUGGAAAAUUGUCUUUCAGAUGUCCAUUCCAGUGUGAAAAAUAAAAAAAUCUUAUUUCUCA